UAUAUUUCUAAUAUGUAUAUAUUUAUUUCCAGAGUAGCUGCCAGUACAAAACAUUUGUGUUCUUCUUGCCAUUGGCAAGUGGCUGUAGUUGUGCACACAUAUUUAGCAUAUCAAAUGUUCUGCCUUCAAUGGCUCUUAUGGAUUUGUUUGGGAAUCCAUUGUUUUUUGUCGAUUUAUUUAUGUUUGUAUUUUUUUUUUUUACAGGAAUGUCUGGGCACACAAAUGUCUUUGUUGAUGAGUUCUUUCACUUUAUCUCUAAUCUCUCUUACUUUGAAGACAGCCGCCCAUCACUUCCGGUAUCGCCCCGUGUGUUUGUGGCUGACUUGACGCAGUUGUUGCAUUGAGAGCGCAUCAAAAAAGUCUGAAAAACACGACCUGCUAGCAGCCGCAUAAGUAUGCCGACAUGGAGACACCCAAACCUCCUACAGCCUGGCGCCAAACUCUGGAGGAAACCUCGGUGUGUUUUUAAUAAGGAACAACACGCUUCUUCAAACUUCAAGCUACAGAUAACAUGCGAGUUUGGACGAUGAUCGCCUGGUUGAAUUCUUCUUCUGAAUGACAAGGCUGAACUUACCCGAUCCUACACACUGACGGUACGGUAACAGCGCUGAUAUCACUGCGGACAGUGAGGUGGGGUCUCUGGGUUAAACAGGGUGGUAACGCCACGUACGACGAUACAUCAAACAAUAAAACAAACGCUUUUUUGGUGGUGGGGGGGGGGGGCGAGAGAGUGGCUGCAGUGGACCAGUGGCACGGCCGAGUUGUAAAGUUAAAUACAAUGUGAAGCCAGCGAUGAUCAACUUGGUGCAAAGUUGGGAGAGACGACGCAUCAAAGGAAAUAUUUACAAAAAAGUGAUGUUUUCUUAGCACAAUACGGUAAGGCGAGUUCGGUUUAACGUCAGCGUUCUGUAGCGACGUCGACAUCGUUUCUCGCGUACAAAUCAAAGUGAAUAACAUUAUGUGCGAAGUUACCAUGGAGGAGCAGGAGAGGGAGAUCUCGGACAUAGACCCGCAGGAGUUCCCCUCAGUGGCGGAGAACGGAGUCCUGGUGGUGGUCAAUCACAGCCAGGUCCAUCCUCCCUUCAGCGUCGUGCUGGCCACCGUGCUCUACUGCGCAGAGUUCGUCGCCGCAGCCAUGCUCUGCAGCAUGUACCACAAGACCGACGAUGACAUCUGGAUGGGCUUCACCAUCACCUUCAUGCUGCUGCCCGCUGUGCUCAUUCAGUUGGCGCUGACGUUCAUCCACAGAGACCUGGGUCGGGACCGGCCUCUGGUCCUCCUCUUGCACCUGCUGCUGCUCGGCCCUGUCAUCAGGUGUUUCGAGGCUCUGGUGGUCUAUUUCAAGGCGGGUAAAAAGGAGGAGCCUUACGUCACCAUCUCCAGGAAAAUCAGUCUGAAGAAGGGCACGCCCAUGGAGUGGGAAAUCGGCCAAACGGAGCGCAUCCUGGCCACUCACAGAAACGCCUUCAAACGCACCGCCGUCAUCCAGGCUUUUCUGGGCUCCACGCCUCAACUGACGCUCCAGCUGUACGCCACCAUCCAGGAGAAAUACUUCCUCCCUGCAAGAUGGACUCUGAUGAUCAUCACCCUGAUCUCUGUCAUAUACGGGGCCCUUGUGUGCAGCAUUCUGGCCAUCCAGAUUAGAUACGACGACUACAAGGUGCGGUUGCGCCCUGCAGCCUAUGUAUGCAUGAUCGUGUGGAGAGGGUUGGAGAUUGCCACCCGGAUCACCGCUCUGGUCCUCUUCAGCACGGCGCUCACACACUGGGUGAUCCUGGUCGGCAUGGCUAACCUGCUCUUCUUCUUCUUCCUUCCCUGGGCUGAGUUCUGGGCCAGGAAAGGCUCGCUGACUAAGGACCUGGAGAAAAACUUCUCUAAGCUGGGCACCACAGUGGUGCUGUGCAUGUUCACGUUGCUCUACGCCUUCAUCAACAUCUUCUGCUGGUCGGCGGUGCAGCUGGACCUCUCCCAUCGAGAGCUCAUCGAGAGGAAGCAGCGCUGGAACCGCCUGGCUAUGUACUACUGCGGACGCUUUCUUGAGAACUUCCUCCUCAUCACGCUCUGGUACUUCUUCAAGUCGGACUUCUACGAGUAUGUGUGUGCGCCGCUGUUGGCCGUCCAGCUGCUGAUCUGUUACAGCCUGGCCGUGCUGUUCAUGCUGCUCUUCUACCAGUUCUGCCACCCCUGCAGACACCUCUUCAAGUACAACGUCCACGACUGCCUGCACUGCGUCUGCUGCUAUAAAGGACGGGGGGGAACAAGAGGUGGAGGGCGGAAGCAGCCGCUCUCAUACUCGACCGCUGCCACCAUGGUGCUGGUGCCGGAGGAGCCACUGGAGCUGCUGGACCCCCAAAACUCAGAACCCCCCGACCUCACCAGCCAGCUGGGAGAGCAGGAGACGGCUAUUAUUGAAGACAUGAUGGAGGCAGCCUGAGAAGGGCUUUGUGGGGAAUUAAAUGAACGAACACGAAGUUCUCUAAAGUAAAAAUGCAUCCCAGGUGGCACUGCAGGAUGCACUGCUGAACGAGACCUCCAGUCCUUUAACACAAAAACCAGAAUGAUUGUGUUUUUGAGUUAGCGAGGUGAUGUGUUAGAACAAACGUUUGCCUUUUUCUCUUAAUGCACAAAACUUUACUCAUUCAUGGUUCUGAGAGGGAGUUAGGUUAACUCCUGAUGUCUUUAUUGGGGAUGAUUACGCACCACAAGGCCCCAGUAUACCAAAGAAUGUAGCAUGUCAAGAUAUGCAGCGAUGCACAAAGGCCGCCUUGAGAGAGCAGCAGUGGGUCAUGUACAGGACUGAGCCAGGUGUGCAGGAAACGUGCCAAGUGUGUCCUAGAAAGACUGAGCAGGACACACCUCUAGUUUACUUCCUCUCAGGGUUUUCAAACCUUGAAUGCCCGCUUUUGCACACGUUUGCAUCAGCACUAAACAAAUUUUUAAUUUUUUUUUUUAAAGGAAGAGGGCAAGCAAAGGUCAGAAGAAGAAUUUAUCUUCUUCAUACCCAAAUGCAUAAACCUGCUGUGAAUGCCUUGUGUUGUUUACUGUCCAGUCAGGUUGCCUUGAUUUAAAAAAAAAAAAAAAACAAACAAACAAAACAUGUGGAAAUAUGUCAGAAGUUGGUGAAAAUAUUCUUAAAAGCCUUUAGGGAACAUCAGGUGUGUGUCUUUCAAAAUGAACCAGACAGUUGAUGCAUUAACAAGACUGACACUGAAUGAGCUUCUACUUUAUUGAUGUACUUUCACAGUUUGCUUAUUUUUUGUCUUGUUUGUUCAGUGCCUUGACUACUACUGUUUUACUUGAAACUUAAAUAAAAUAAUCUGAUGUCUACACAUUCA